AUGGAGUUGCUUCCUCAACCAAUGAUUUCCCCUCUAAUCCUUCUUGUAAUUUGCUACUUUUACCUUGGAACAGCCAUAGAUUGUGGUGGAAACAACAUUGCAAAAACCAUUACCAUUGAUAAAUUUGGCAGAGGAGGAGCAUUUAGAAGUAUUCAAGCUGGUAUUGAUUCUAUACAGAGUAACAACGACCAGUGGGUUAAGAUUCACAUAAAUGCUGGCGUGUACAUUGAAAAAGUUUCAAUUCCGUAUGAUAAACCAUGCAUCAUCUUAGAAGGAGAAGGCAGUCGCCAUACUGUCAUUAUUCAUGGUGAUACCCGAACAGCUACUAGCUGGGAAGCAACAUUCACUUCAAGUCCACCUAAUGUGAUUGUGAGUGGCAUUGCCUUUAAGUUGCAGAACACAUUUAAUUUGGUGGGGGGUCAAUUACCGGGUGUAACAGCGAAAAUCGAAGUAGCAGUGGCGGCUGUUGUAGCUGGAGACAAAUCCUCCUUCUUUAAUUGUGCUUUCCAGGGUUAUCAAGACACUCUGAUCGCUGCGAUCGGACGCCAUUACUUUAAAGAUUGCUACAUUCAAGGUGAGGUGGAUUUCAUUGCUGGUGCCGGGCAAUCUUAUUUUGAGAAUUGCACAAUCAGUGUCACACAAGCAAAGGGUAGACCUCCUGGUUUUAUCACAGCUCAAAGCAGGGCUUCAUCAAAUGACCCAGAUGGUUUUGUUUUUGAGGGAGGUUCUGUUGAUGGGAUUGGUGUAGUGAAUCUAGGAAGAGCAUGGGGCCCUUACUCAAGAGUUAUAUUUCAUAAAACAUACUUUUCUUCAGUGGUGAUUCCAGAAGGAUGGAACUCUUGGAACUUUUAUGGUCAAGAGGGUAAGAUCACCUAUGCAGAAGUUGACUGCAUAGGACCUGGGGCUAAUAAUGUCAACCGUGUCCCAUGGAAGAAGAAUAUGACUCCUUCACAACUACAAGAAUUUUCCAAAUCAUCUUUCAUUAAUAAAGAUGGAUGGCUUGACAACAUUCCAAUUAAGUACUAGUAAUUUUCUCAGUAUAUAUUGCUGUGGAAUCUGAUUGCCAAUUAGGACUGAUCAAUGCUAUCAAUGGAAUUACUCCUCACGCUCAUACUUAAUACUAGUGGUUGAUGAGAUCAAGAGGGUAGCUUCUUCUGUUUUACUUCUGUUUGUUUCACUUCCAAAUAGGAAGACUAAUUUGUGGUAGCUCAUAAUUUUGCAAAGUUUGCUGAAUAUUCCUAUUUGGUUGCAUUCUUGUAUCUUUGACAUUAAUUUUCUAAUGAAGUUUUAUAUUUACCUAAAAAACUGUACUAGUAAUUCUUUUUUUCUUAA